AUGUCUAUAAGGGACGAAAUAACAAUUACUUAUGCGGAGGAACUUGAUACAAUAAAGGUUGCGGGCAAAACAUUUGCUUCACCUGUGGUAAAAGGGAAGAAGAAAAAAUUGAGUGACGGGAGGACGGAACAGACUGUUGUGGCAAUAAAAGAUAAGAGCGAGAGUAAAACGGUGCGAGAUUAUGGGGCGUUCCUGGGUAGACAAAAAGGAGUAGAAAACAUUCCGCUUGAAAAGGCUCCAUCAAAUUACUGGAAUCGGUUAAGCAGAAAAGAUAAGCCGAUUUUUCAUAAAAUUGUUGGGUUAAAUGAUAAAAUUACUAUUGCUGAACAUAAGAGCAAUCAAGAAAAUCCUGAAAAACAAGUGGAAAAUAAACCAACUGGCAAUUCUAACUCUCAACCAAAAGAACUAAACGAUAAAACUCUACUUCAAUACUUUCAACAAAAAAAUAUUAAAUCAAUUAAGAUUGAGAAUGAAAAGUUGAUAAUUAAAUACAAUGGUUCUCAAACUGAAACCAAAGACAUAAAUAAUCUAGAAUUAGAGCAAAUAAAAUCUUUUGCCGAAAAAAUAGGAAAAAAUGAACUAUCUUUGGCAGAUUUAGAGCAAAAAAAUAAUCAGUCUAAUACUCCCGACAAAUCCAAUAAAGGAAUUUAUAUUAGUUUAGCAAUUGGAGGAGCAUUAGCCAUAGCAAUUAUUGCCUACUUCUUACUUAGAAAUAAAAAAGAAAAAUAA